AUGUCAUUGCUCCGCUUCGCUCAAGGACCCGCACGUAUGCUGCGCAACGUCCGCCCAACUGCUCAGAUCGCCCGCUCCGCCCUACCCCGCUUCGUUGUCUCUCCCGCCGCAUCAGCCUUCCACACUUCAGCAAACCGCAUGCAAGCUGCUGCCGAGUCCCAGACCAUCCUCACCCCCUCCCUCGGUAACCAACAACCGCCCAUUCAGUCAUGGAAGUCGCUGGGAUUCGAGGUGACGGGAGUCGAGACUGCCAACAACACCCGCCCAAUCUACAUGGAUAUGCAGGCGACUUCGCCCACCGACCCCCGUGUCCUCGACGCCAUGCUGCCCUAUAUGACCGAGCUCUACGGAAACCCUCACUCCAGAACUCACUCUUACGGAUGGGAGACUGAGAAGGGUGUUGACCAAGCACGAGAGGACAUUGCCAAGUUGAUCGGAGCUGAUGCCAAGGAGAUCGUUUUCACUUCAGGAGCAACAGAGUCCAACAAUCUUAGCAUCAAGGGAGUUGCUCGCUUUUACAAGGGCAAGAAGAACCACAUCAUCACUACCCAGACGGAGCACAAGUGUGUCCUGGAUUCAUGCCGUGUAUUGAGCGACGAGGGCUUCGAUGUCACCUACCUCCCUGUUGCAAAGAACGGCCUGAUCUCCAUGGACGACCUCAAGGCUGCCAUUCGCCCCGAUACCGCUUUGGUCUCGAUCAUGGCAGUCAACAACGAGAUCGGAGUCAUUCAACCCCUCGAGGAGAUCGGGGCCCUCUGCCGCUCCAAGAAGAUCUUCUUCCAUACCGAUGCUGCCCAGGCUGUCGGCAAGAUCCCCAUUGAUGUGACAAAGAUGAACAUUGACCUCUUGAGCAUCAGUGGACACAAGAUCUACGGACCCAAGGGUGUCGGUGCUCUCUAUGUCCGUCGCCGUCCCAGAGUCCGUCUGGUCCCUCUUUUGACCGGAGGUGGUCAGGAGCGUGGUCUUCGCAGUGGUACCGUCGCAGCUCCCCUCGCCGUCGGUCUCGGCGAGGCUUGCAGAAUUGCCACCGAGGAAAUGGCUUACGACCACGAGCGCGUCAAGCGUCUUUCGGAGCGCCUGAUCAACGGAAUUCAGUCCAAGGUCGCUCAUGUGUACAGGAACGGAGAUGAUAUUCAGACUUACCCUGGAUGCGUCAACCUGUCGUUCGCUUAUGUCGAGGGCGAGUCUCUCUUGAUGGCUUUGAAGGACAUUGCACUCUCGUCCGGAUCUGCUUGCACAUCUGCCUCGUUGGAGCCAUCGUAUGUUCUCCGUGCUCUUGGUGCCGAGGACGAUAUGGCCCACAGCUCUAUUCGCUUUGGAAUUGGUCGCUUCACGACCGAGGAGGAGAUUGACUUUGUUGUCCAGCGCGUCACUGCACAUGUCGACAAGUUGAGAGAGAUGAGCCCACUCUGGGAGAUGGUGCAGGAGGGCAUUGACAUUUCCAAGAUUGAAUGGGCGCAGCACGCCUAA